AGAGAUGGUAGAUUAAAAAGAAAUGAUGAAUUAUUGAUGAUAAAUGGUAGAAGUUUAAUUGGACUAACUCAUUCUGAUGCGGUGGAGGUUUUACGCAAUGCUCCCAAAUUAGUUCAACUUGUUGUCUCAUCAAAGAUCAGAAAAUCUGCAUCUGUAGCAUCAACAUUAUCAGCAUCUCAUUGUGAAAGCCCCAGAAUUUUGUCUCCAAUUCCACAGAAUGGUCACACUCAAACUAUCACAGUACAGAAAGGAGCAGGUGGAAAGGGUUUGGGAUUCAGUAUUGUUGGUGGAAAAGACUCAGCUAAAGGGAACAUUGGUAUAUUUAUACGAAGAAUAUUUUCUAAUGGUUUGAUAUCGGAAGAUGGCAGAAUUCAUGAGGGCGAUGAGUUGCUGGAACUGAAUGCUGAAUCACUGUAUGGUUUAACACAUAAAGAAGUUCUUCAAAGAUUCCGAAGUUUGAAGAAAGGCUUAGUGACCUUGACCUAUAGAGGUCGU